CCUACCCAUCUACCUUUUUGAUUCUUAAUCUGUUUUGAGUGGUGAGACCUUGAGAAAAUUUGACGAGAUCUAUUAACUAUCUCCUUAGAAAAAUGUACAGACAUACAAAAUUUGGAGUGUAAUUCUCUGGUUUGGAGUAUAAUAGUCUGUGAGUCAGGGUCACCAGGUAAGUAAGACCUCUGAAUGUGUUUUUUACUAUCUUAACACUCAUAGUCAUGAACAGAGAGGAUGAGACACAGAAAGUUACCCUCCCUGGUUUAAGGGAGCGAGCGGUGGUUGGCUUGGCAAAGGCAACUUAAGAGGCAUGGGUAGUACCUAGGGAAGACAGCAAGAAAAGAGUGCCAAGGGCAAAGCAAAAACACUAGGCAAGCAAGAAAAGUGGAGAGCCAGGACUAGAAUCAUCCUCUUAAAAUUCCAGUCUAAUAUUCACCCACAUCCUUACACUGACACUCAACGAUAUGCAUCCAUCCAUCCGUUCACGCGUUGGGAUUGCAAAGAUGACAGAGGGUGCAGUCCUUGCCCUCAAGCUGUUCAUGGCUUAACAAUGGAGAUGAAACAUGUGCUGAGCAGUUCCUUCUAGAAGACUGCUAAAGGAGAGCCAACACUGAAUCCCCACCAGGCUUUCAGAUAAGUCACCCAUUUGGGGGCAAACGAUAAUAUCAUCUCUUGGUAUUUUAGGUAUUUUCCACUCAGAUUACUCAGAUGGUUUAUGACUAUUUGACUUAUUCUCUGGUUACUCUUGGAUUUGCAUCCAUCAGUGAGAGAAUGCAAGGCUCACUGGGAAAUGGAUUUACAGGGGUGGUUCCCAGUGUGUAUUUUGGGGUGCAUUAACGAAUGACAUCCAAGCCCCACCCAAGAACAACUCAGACCGAUUAGGGCAGACUCUCUGGGGCUGAGAACUGGACAGAACGAUAACUUGUUUUGUUUUGUAAGUUCCUCAAAUGAUUUAAGAUGCAGUUAGUAUUGAAAUCCACAGAAUGACGGUUCCCAUGGUUGGGCUGAUUCCGUCAUUUCGUUUCUGUUCACUAAGAACAGGUGCCUUCAUGCAGUACUUCUCAAAUUUUAACGUAUUUACAAAUCACCCAGGAAUACUGUUAGGGAGCAGAUUCUGACUCAGGAUGUCUAGGGUGGGGUUUGAGAUUCUGGUUCAAACACGCUAACAGGGGAAAACCAAGUUGCGAGAGACCUAAGAUCAACUAUUGCAAAGUUGUGCGUGGCGAAGUAGGCAUGUGCCUCAGCGGUCAGAACAGAGAGGGUAACAUGCUUCCUGCAGAGUCUGGAAAGGCUUCUCAGAGAAGGCGGCCCUAGGACAUAAUGACUGAAUUUGUGCUUGUGAAUAUCAGGACAUGGGUUAGAGGCUGGUAUUGACUAAUGAUUUUGCUGAAGUUGUGUUACAUGGACCAUGCUCCACUAGGAGCAGACUGAAAACUCAGGGGUUUCCUGGGGCAGUGAAAUAAAUGACCCGUACCGCACGCAGACAUAAAAGCAUUUGUGUGUGCGCUGACCAAAAUGAGGCUCAAAUGGCUGGCGGUUCUCUGAUAGAAAUGAGUACUUCUGCUCAGACGUGAAGCACCUGAGCCCUAGUCUCACUAGAAUCCUGCGGUGUCUACACAUGUCAACGGUGUCUGGUAGAUUGCUUUCACGCGGUGAAUCGUUGGAUCGGGGUCACCAGUACCAUACGAUGUCCCCGGGUAACAGGCAGGAAGGCCGGGAUCUAAUUUCCCUACAUGCAAAUUUCACCCCUGACCGAGCUGCACUAACAGCGGACCAUGAGGCUAGAGUCUCGGUGCUUGCAGCCUGACAACCCAUCCCGAUGUCCCCAUCCUGCAAACGGGAGAAUGUCAGACAGUAGAAGACUCUAAGAACUGUGUGAUGAAAACCCGCCAGAUAUCCAACACGCCACAUUCAAAGCCCUCACAUACAAGACGGGCACCAUGUUAAAUUGUGAAUGUAAGAAGGGCUUCCGCAGAAUAAGCAACGGGUCAGCCUUCAUGCUGUGUGCGGGAAACUCGAGCCACUCCUCCUGGGAAAACCAAUGCCGGUGCAUAAGUACCUCCCCAAGGGCCACAGAUGGACAAAUUAUCCCUAAACCUGAAGAACAGAAGGGAAAAAGCCCCAUGGGAAUGCAGAGCCAAAUGCAGCCCACGGACCAAGUUAACCUUCCAGGUCACUGCAGGGAGCCUCCGCCCUGGGAACAUGAAGAUUCGAGGAGAAUUUACCAUUUUGUGGUGGGGCAGACAGUUCACUACCAGUGCAUGCAGGGAUUCAGGGCCCUGAAGAGGGGUCCUGCCAAGAGUGUCUGCAAAACGACCUGUGGGAAGGCAACGUGGACACAGCCCCGACUCCAGUGCCUAAGCGAAAGGAGUGAUGGCUGGUUUCCGGAUGACGAAGAGCCUCAAGCCAGCACUGAUGCUGCUCUUGGGAGUGACACUUCCUGUCCUUCAAUAACAGCAAGUACUACAGAUUUCCAGAGACAUACGGAAGUGGCUAUGACCACGGAGUCAUUCGUAUUCACAACCGAGUAUCAGAUAGCAGUGGCCGGAUGCGUCCUCCUGCUGAUCAGUAUCGUCCUUCUGAGCGGGCUCACCUGGCAGCGGAGAUGGAGGAAGAGUAGAAGAACAAUCUAGAAAACCAGGAGUGCUAAGAAGCCAAGAACACCUCACAGAAAUCGCGGAGCACAGGCAGAAUCAAAGAAGUUGAACACUCACCCAAGACGCAUCUCCUGUGAGAUCUCCUGGGCUUUGGAAAACUCGGAAGCCACAUGCCAGAGCCCCAGGCGCCUGCAACCUCAUUACAAAGCCAGCUCUCUAGUGCCAAUGAGUGAAUUCGACCUGCUUCUGGGCAGCAAUUCUAAGGUCAUUGGAGGAACAGGGAGGGACAACCAGAACUCUAGGUCUUAUUUUCAUGUCUACAUGUUCAUUGAAGCUUGAGCACCAGGGGACUCUCUCCAUACCAUAUACAGGUUAAAGAAAAGUAGCUUCAUGUUCAUUUCAUCCAUACUUCCCAGUUUAGAAAUCCCAAGGAAAACCCUAGCAUAGAAUAUAAAUAGACACACACACACACACACGCACACACACUCCUUACCCCAUGUAAUUGGACUCUCCAUUGAUUGAUGCAGAUCCCUGUCCCAGCUUCUGGGUGAUUAGCCCAUUCUCCUGGCCACAUUCCAUAAUGAACACCUUCCAAGAACUCUGAACUGGUAACUCUGAAUCUUUUUGUCCUUAGCUCUGUUCUCUAAGCUAGCCUCCUUCCACUGGACCUUCUUCAAUUGUGAAUUUCUAAACAGAAGCCAUGGCAUAGUAAUCUUUGGGUAACACCAACAGAGGGCAACCGAGCCCUUGGGAUCACGGAGCUUCUGUAUUUAAAAGGAUUUUACUGGAGGUGUGCUGGAAAAGAAGGGUAAUCUAAGUCCCAGGUGAUGAACUGUAUCCAUGACAAAGCUCUACCUGAAUAUUACUAACACGCCCCUUUAAGAUUUAGUUUCUGUGGGACUGUUAUAAAUGAUUCUCUGAAUUUGGUCUGCAUGAAUGUGAUGUUUAGAGACAGAUGCAUAAUGUGUGAAUGUCUACAUUUCCAAAUCAGUGUCAUAAAAACACUGACAAGGGCUUAAAACAUCCAAUGUUUAUGGGCGGAAGGAAAGAAGAAGGAAGUGCAAAGCAGGGAGGGAGAUCAUGCUGACAGAGUGUAACGUGGGAAAGGUCACCCCAGUUGUCCUCAAACUGUUAGCAAAUCGGUUAGCAAAUCAGAACCACCUGGAGGCCCUGUUGGACCACAGAAGGCCCAUGUCGGGUUUCUGAGGAGCAGGUCUGGGGCGGGGCCCAAAGAUGUCCUCUUCUGACAAGUUCCAGGUGCUGCUGCUGGUCUGGGGACCUCACUUUGAGAACCACCGGGUUAUAAAUCUCCAUGCCCACCCACUCUCAAAAAUCACAUGAUCAAGGAGAUUAAUGAAAGGUUCAAAAAGCAUCCAGUUUUCAUUUCCGAAAGGCCAAAAAGUGUUAUUUAAAAAUGCGGGCAGGCAUCAGCAAAUCCAUAGCCAGAUUACGGAACCAUUUUCUGCCCUUUCUGUGACUAACAAAAACGAUCUUGAUUUCAGUGUCCACAUCCUCCCUUCCCCCAAGUACAUGUUUUCUGAGUUGAGAGAAAUCCCAGGCCAGAAAAAAAACAAAACUUUUUUUAGUGUUAUUUAUCUUGAGUAAAACUGAAUUAUCAUUACUCAUUUUGGGGAGGGAGAUCUAGGAGAUCAAUUUUUUUUAUAAUAAUUAACAUGUGAUUUACCUUUUCCAUGCUCAUUCUCUUAUAAGUGUAUGGUGGAGUUUUCCAGAAACUACAUGAUAUGUGAUGAUGUCAUUGCCCUGAUGUUGACAUAUAAUGAACUUAUUCCUAUUGUUUACAAGAGAACUAAUAAAUAAUAUUUUUUAAAUUUAA